AUGCGGAGGAGUCUUCUGCCGCUCGUGGCAUUAUGUGCCCUUCUACAGAUUUCUUACGGUUAGUCAACCAUUUUCAAUGAUUUAAGGGCAACUUUGAGGCGAUAGAAAAUUUUUUCCGUGAUUAAUGUAUCUUGGAAAAUAUUUAUUUGAUAAUAAGAAACUCAGGUCGUCAGUACUACUUUCGGCGAGUGAAGAGACAAGCUUAUCCGCCGAAUCCGGCGCCUUUCAAGCCGCGCGUCGAAGAUUAUAACCUGCCGCCAUUUUAUCAGGUUUCUUUUUUCCUAAAAACACGAUCUUGAUGACACCAUCUGCAGCCGAAUCCUGGGCGCGACGCUUCUUCGCUUUCGCCGAUUUUUCCGUUUCACAGCGAGUUUAACAACGGCCUCGACAUCAACCCCGGAAACAGGAUCACCGUUGAUGGCAACCUGAACGUUCCCAUUUUAGGAUGGGGUAUCUGGGAUUAUAAAGGUCAGACAUUUGUCCAAAGUUUGCAAAAAAGCUGAAAAAAAGACAGAAAAAUUUACUUGAAACAAUUUUUUUUACUUCAAUCAUUAAUAUUUAUUGGUUGUUUUAGUCACUACUUUUAAUUGUUUUUAUUUUUUUAUUUUUAGUCCAAUUAUCUUUGGUAUCUUGAGUAUCUGCAAAGUUAGCUGUUUUUUGACGACUCGAAAAGUUUGAAACUUCUAGUUUCUCACAUUUCUGCGAGAAAUAUUUGCUCUGCUUUUUCAAACGAAAUGAAGUUCAAAUCUCAAAACGUCAAAAUUUUGAGAACAUGUUAGAACCAAUUUCAAAGCGAUAAAAGGUUCAAAAAUAUUGGAAAUAAUCUAAAUUGAGAGGAAAACCUCCGAAAAACAUGGAGUUCAACAAUUUUACGACGUUUGAAUUAGACUUCCGCAAAGUUUUUUUCGACAACUUUCUCUAAUUUCUUGAAAUUGACUUGAGUCUUUCAAAAACUUUUGAGCUCAACUUCAGGAGGAAUCAAGGCUGGCAGACCAAAUACCCGUGUGGGAUUCGGAAGUUUGAACGCGCCGACCAACGUCUUGGGCAUCACUGGAGACACAAUCGCCACCCUUGCUCAAGACGGAACUUUCCAGCAAUCCAGACGUGAUAAUUGUUGAAAAGGUGAUGGAAAUUGACUUGAUUACUUCAGAAUCCGUGCCUUCGAUCCCAGUGUCAGUGCUGCCAGGCAACUUCGUGCCGGUCCGAUGCCGACCUCCGCUUUGCAAUCCGUUCGUCCACAACCUGGCGUUCGGAGUCGACGUCGAACCCGGAGACGACUACUUGUUCGACGGCGGCUUCGACUUCCCGAUUCCUUUGGCCCCAGCCGGCGUCGGUGUCCGGUUCCCAAUGAGCGGUGAGUUCAAAGUUUCCAGUUUUUGGCCGUUUUCUUUUAAAAGUACUGUUAUCAGAAAAAUGUCUUUAGUCCUAUCUCUGAACUACUUUUUAACAAGAGAUUUUUUUUUGGCAAACAUUUCUUAAAUUUUUCAAUUUCUACCCUUUUCAGCUUGGAAAUUCCUAAAACUGAACUUUUCCUUGAUAGCGCAUUAAAUUGAAAUCUUCAAACUAGACGAAAAAGCGAAUAUGCAAAAAAUAGACUUCUUCCUAGUCAGAGUACGUCGCUGUAAAAUUAAAUUGACUUUUCAACGGAGUUCCAAAAUCACUUUAUUUGUGAAUAGUGUUGCAUCAAAGAAGAAAACUGCAAAUUCAAAAAAAAAAACCUGAUAAACUAUUCAAAAACUAUGCGAGAGCAGUUUGAAGGCGCAGGGCGAAGUUUGAAUUUUUUUGAAACCUCAAUCUAUUUAUGAAAAUUUUUCUUGACCCCAGUUUCUUCUGAAGCCGUUCGAAAAACGUUAAAAAUUUAAAAAAAUUCUUAUUACGACAUCAAAAAAAUCCCAUCGAACUUUUUCUGAAUUUUUUUCUCGGUAUAGUGGUAUAAAGUUUAUUUUCGAAAAAAACCCUAACAUAGCCUAUAAAUCUUAAACUUUCUAUUGAACUUGAAUAACUACAGGAGCUGUGAACGUUGGAACGGACCCGUUGUUGAUCACGUAUGGACAUGGAAUGGGACCAGUGGAGCCUCCUGGCUUCAAGGCCAACAAGGCGAGAAGAGAGGAAGAGGAGGAAGAACGAAAGAGAAAAAUAUUUACUAAUUAA